GACUUGGUACCACAAUUCUCGGUCUCCAAACCACUGCUCUUAUCGUUAUUGCUCUGACGACAGCUGUCCUCCUGUACACCAUUUGCUGUAAUAAAGACGACGACGAUGAUGACGAUGAUGUGGGCUGCUGCACAAAAUGUGGAGUUUGUUUGUUAUGUCUAUAUCCUGUUGCAGGAAUCAUUGGUUUUGCUGGAUGUAUGGUUGUUUUCGCAGAUUAUAAAGACUAUGAGAAAGGCUGGGGACUUUACCUCUGUCUGGCAGCGUCAUGUUACGUGAUGCUUGAGACCAUAAUUUGCUGUUGUGCACUAUGUGUGUAUGCCAAGUCUGGAAAGGAAACAAAUGAAGGUAGUGGGCAAGACAACAGUGGCUAUGCUGGACAGGAAGUUGUCUCUUAUGGCGGAUCAGGAAGCAGUUACGACAACCGCGCGAUAGCUAAUCCAGGAGCAGAAGGAAUAGUUUUGGGUCAUGUACAGGAGCACCACCAAUUAGAAAUCAGCAGCAGCGGGAGUAUAAUGAUUAGAACGCUGCAGAUUGCGAGAGUUCUCCAUAUCAGAUGAAUGCUAUUUCCAGUCAAAUAAUUUCAAUAUAAAAUUGACUGUGUUUAAAAAAUAUUAGAUAUGUUAGAACCGUUAUAGAAAUAUUAACCUUUUAUGUACAUAUUUGAACAUUCUGUUUUGGAAUACCUUUAGUGCGAAGAACUCUUAUUUAAAAAGGUUCACAUUGUAACUGAUAAUCGAGUUAAACCCAGAGACCAUAAACGGAGGAAAAAAAUACCUUG